AUGGCACAAGAAAGAACAGACAAGUCAUUAAAAGAAAAUGGCUCAGCUACGGUCAGUUAUUCUCCAUGGACUGCUGCUGCUGUGGACGAUGACUACAGCUCUCUGUAUGAGAAUGACAAACCAAGCAAAGACAAGCUACCAAGAGAACCAUCUUCUAGACCUCAUAGUGAUCAAAAUGACCGGGAUACUCACUCUGUAGAUGACUCUACAGCGGAGACUUUUCUUCAGCAGCAUCUCCAAUCAAUGAUGCAUAGCGAUCCAGAUAAAAAGAUUCCUCCACCUAAUCCUUCCAGUUCUGUCCCCGUUUAUCCAGUUCCAUAUGCAAUACCUCCCAAAAUGUCUUUUGCCAUCCAACAAGGUAUGGUACCGCCUCCUGGUUUGGUUCAGUAUCCUCAAAAUGUCCUCCUACAGCAAAAGCCUCGACCAAAUGCAACCCCCGUCAACAAUAAGAACUCAAGAAGGCCCAAAGUGCAGAAACCGAAAUUUAGGCCUUGUGACGUUUGUAGAAGGAGAAAGACAAAAUGUGCAAGAGCUGCAAAUAAUUUGAAUUGUCAGCAAUGUGAAGCUAAGGGCUUAAAAUGCACAUAUACAGACAACCCUAAGCGCCCACAAGACAUCCCAUCCGAUCAAGCUUCGAAAAGGAGUCGCCAAGAACUCCCACCCAACAUACCUAUAAGGGAUAUUCAACCAGUGAUCGACUACUCUACGAUUCAAGGACAUUCUCUGCUGAAGAAGACUUUGAGUCUUCAGUAUCCAAGAUCCAGUUUUUACAUGGGCCCGACUUCGGUUUAUGAUCCACUUCUCCUGAGCAAAAUGCGGUUUGACAACAAUGAUCAGUUACAAGUUAAUUCUAUUACUAGCAUUCGAAGAGUGGCUAACAAUGUCCAGUUUCUCUUGAAAGAUGACUUUUCGCAUGAUCUUUAUCAGAGAGCCCAACUCGAAGUUGACAAUAUCGAAAAAUUUGUGGCUCCUCAUGGACAGACAUUGAUUGAUCUUUACUUUAGAAUAGUUCAUCCUUCGUUCCCCAUUUUGCAUAAGAAGGUCUUCUUGGAAAAGUAUAGUCGAACCCAUAGAGAAUUUAGCGCCCCGCUGCUAGGAGCCGUUUACAUUCUGGCCAUCAAUUGGUGGGACUAUGAUCCAAAUCUCUCAUUGCAUCCAAAGCCUAAUGUCAAAGGACUGAUGUCGCUGGCUACGAGGUCAUUUGAUUUGGUCACAGAAAGACCCAAGUUGUCCACAGUUCAGGCAGGCCUGCUCUUAUUACAAUGUGAUCCCACCAGUUCAAAAAAUUGGGUCUUAUGCUCGCAGGUGGUAGCUUUAUCAGAAGAGCUCGGCCUUGGUUUAGACUGUUUUAAUUGGAAACUCCCUAAGUGGGAAAGAGGACUUCGUCGUCGACUAGCAUGGGCAGUUUUUGUUCAAGAGAAAUGGCUAGCCUUAUUGGAGAGUCGACCCACUCAUAUUGCUCUGGGCACGAAUUGGAUUAUAAGUAACGUGAUGGAUGAUGAUUUUCCUGAUAAGAACUCUGACGAGGCCCUUUCUAUGGAAGGCUCAACGGACACUGAGAUAGGAAAACAGAUAUUCAAGCAGAUGAUUAAAUUAACAGAAAUUUUGAGCGACAUUCUAGACGCUUUUUUCAGUUUUCACUCUCUACAGACAAUCACCUCGAUUGAGCAAGUUUUGACCCUAGCCAAGCCUUUACAAUUGAGGUUACGGGAUUGGUAUCAUGCACUUCCGCAAGACCUACAGAUGUCGUCCUUGCAACAAAGAAAGCUCAAUUCUAAUGGUUAUUUGCAAUUAUCAUACUUCGCUGCAGAAAUAAGUCUCCACCGAAGAAUAAUAUCAUGUCUAGACUCCGGAAUAUCCCAUGAAUUGGUCACUGUUUGCAGAAAUGCUGCCAAAACUAGACUCUCAGCUGCCAUUGAUUUUGUCAAGCAGUUGCAACCUGAACAUAUACAUUCAUUCUGGCAUUCCUCUGCAACAUCAAAUUUUGCACUCAUCGGUUCAUUUGCAUCUAUGUUAUUUGUCACGGCACCUACAACCGAAGAUGCAAAUUGGUGCAAAGAUCAACUAUAUGAAUAUAGAUGGACUCUGCUGAUAGGAUCAAAGGCAUCUCGCAGCUAUGCGAUGGCCAUGGAAAUAAUCGACAAUAUAAUGAACAAUAUCCCAGAGUUACUGAACCACUACAAAACUCCGCAAAGUACGACUUCCAAUAAUCGCACACCUCUUUCGGAAACACAAACACCAGACAACAACUUCGGAGGCAAUUCAGGUAGCAAUAGUAACGGUGAAGGCAACGAUGCAAGUAAUAUGAAUAAUCAAUCAUUCGGAAUUCCAUAUACACCUAUUCCUCCAUAUGCAUUCCAAGGCUACGGCCAAAUACCGCAACAAAACAUGGUAAUGAGAGAUCCCUGGAAUUCUGAGCAGUUUACACCACCAUCACCGAGAAACAAUCAGAAAUUAUCACCUGCCAUUUCGAACGGUUCAUCCAAUGAAGGUCCAAGUGUCGCUGUUGGCCACAACUCACCUCUUCGUAGCGUGAAAAGUGAACCAUCAGAAGCUUCUCCCCAUGGAGGAGCCAAUUCAGUAGAGUCAUAA